UGUCACUAACAUUCAUUAUUGAAUAAUCUUCUUAUCUUGUACAUUCAGAAGGCUUAUUACUUGCGCCAAAAGUAGAGAAGGCAAAAACGUUUCUGCUAUAAACAGAAAAAGGUUAGGACUCAACCGAUUCUACCUAAAGUCCUGUCAAAGAAAUAUAGCGGCGCUGAGGACAUGUCACCUAAAAACGAAGUAGCUCAUGUUUCAAUUCCAUCAUCAUAAUAAAAGCAACCACAUAAUUGCUCAAUUAGCAGAUCCUAAAAGCUUUUGCACUAGAGUCCAAACUUCCACCUACAAAAAACUAGACAGAAUUCUAUCAUGAAGUUUCUAUUUGGAAGAGUUAUGCCUUUAUUGUCAUAAAGUGCAACCGAUGUCCUUACUUGCUGGAGUUUCCUUCUUCUUUUCCUUGGCAUGUUUCAUACUUGGCACAAGGGAGAAAAAGGGUCAUGAAUUUUGUGCAAAUCAUGGGCUUUGUGUGAUCUUAUCUAUCAUAGAUCAUGUUUUUAUACUAACCAAAAGGUUUCAGCCGAAAGAAAUAAAGCUGGAUAACAAAACUCGGUGGUGGUGGAGUGUGUAUGAUAACAGCAUAUCACAAGGGAAGAGAACAACCAAGAAGUAGAACUAGUACAGUACAUACACUCUAUGCAAUAACUUCAUGGAUGAAUUACCUGGUUCUGUGGGCACUAGUGCCAGCUUCAGUCUUAGAUUGGGCCAGACCAUGUUCUCAUCUGCAUCCCUUCUCUUUAUGUCUUUGGGUGUUGAAUUCUACAGUUACACGGCUUUCUGUUAUUUGGUAACAAUUAUGGGUUUGGUCAUACCAUGGAGUUUCACAUUAGCAUUGCUAGAUGGAUACUCAGUUCUGGCCAAAUGCCCCAUUCGUCAACCAGGAAUACUACUGAUUAUUGUUGUGGGAGAUUGGGUAUUAUCAACUCUCACACUAGCAGCAGCUUGCUCAACAGCUAGUGUUGUAGACCUCCUCCUCAACACCAACGGCUCUUUUUGCCCUCCAAAGCUUUGGAGCAGGUACAGGAUGUCUGCAGUUAUGGCCUUUUUGUCAUGGUUUCUAUCUUUGGCGUCCUCUCUUUUUAACCUUUGGGUAUUACCCUCAUUGUGAUUCUCAUUUAAUUCCCCUGUAAAAUAUUAGAUUAAUCAUUAUUUAUUUUGUAUUUUUUUUUUCCAAAUAUUACAUCUGGGGGACAGUUUUGUAAAUAAUGUAUGAUUACAUAACUCAUGACAUGUAUUUGGGAAA